UGUUUCUUUCCCCUACCACGACGUUCCCAUUCAACACCAGCAGCAAAGUGGCUUGUACAAAAGUGGGCUUGUACACGAUUACCAUCAAGUGUUGGUUGUUCAUCUUAGCAUUGUACAGAUUGUCAAUUUGAAGUUACUCACUGGUUAUGCCUGAUACUUAUGAAAUUUUAAAAAGCAUCCAGAAAUAUAAUUUCAAAAUACAAUAGUUCACAGAAUUAGCGAAGAAAAAAACAACAUAAUAGUUCACAGAAUAAAGUACACCUAGAUAUGAAUGUGAAGAGAACUAACUCAAGACAACACAGAAAAGAUAUGUUGAGAUUUAUUUCAUGAUCCUGUGUUUGAUUUACUUUUGUCUGCUCUAAGGAUUGCCGCCUUCAAGUUAAAGCCUGCACACAAAUGUUGCCAGAGAUUUUGUCUCAGUUUCAUCAGAUGAAUUGAAGAGAGAAGAGGUCUAUUUUGCUGAAAUCAGAGAACUCCAAGAAACAAGAUAGCUGCAUUACUUAGCGCCAUAAGUGUAGAAUAUAAGGUGAUCAGCAUGAACUAACAAGAAUUUUUUACUGGAUUUAAAGGUUUCAGAGACUUAGAAACAUAGAAAAGUUUAUUCAAAGAGAAGAUUUUGGAAUAUAAGAAGGAAAAGUUAUUAAAGAUAAAUAUAUACUCCAGUAGAAUUAACAAAGAAAUAUUGUCUUGUGAAGAAUUGGAGUAUAUUUAAAUCGGAUGUGACUUCUUAAGGAAUAGCAAGUGAUUCAAAUUUCAUUUUAUAAAAUGAGGAUUUAAAUAAGAUUAGUGGAUUUAUAUAUGGAUAUAAUAUAUGAAGUGAAAGUUUUAUAAUGUAAGGAUGUUAUAGAUAUUUUUUUGUUGGAGAUAUAUAUUAUUUGUUAGAAUUAAACUUCUGAGAUUUACAAAGCUAGGAAGCUUUCGUGUCCAAUGAAUCUUUAUUAGCCGGGAACCGACGGCAAUGUCAUGUGGAUUAGCAUCUUACGAUUGUUGCUUCUACUUCUGCACAUUUUGGAAGUCGUGAUAGGAGCUUCAUGGGAACAGAGACCAACCGAUGUCUCAGCAGCAGUCGGUAGUACGGUCACGUUAACAUGUAAAGUUACGGGUGAUCCAGGUUUUGUUACAUGGAAUAAAAAUGGUAACACACUUGCUGUGGGAACCAGUGUAGUAUCAAGUGAUACACGUAUAACUGUACCGGCAGCUUCUAAGUUUAACCUGCAGAUUACUAAUCUGCAAAAAAGUGACGAUGAUGAUUAUACGUGUAACAUACAAAAUAUACAGCCAGACUCGCAGAAAGCUGUCACGGUUCAUCUCACUGUUUUAGUGGCUCCUGGCCAGCCAAGUAUUUCAAUCAAUGACACUCGACCACAAAAAGUGGAAAAGGAUGUUGUGUCAUUAACUUGUUCCUCAUCGGGAGGCAAUCCACCUCCUGAGUUCACAUGGACCAAAAAUGGAUUAGUGCUCAAUUCAAACAUUAUAGUAACAAAAGUCCCGAACGGAUUAUCGUCUAGUCAAUUAACUGUUCAUUUGGAUUAUAGUGAUCAUUUAGCGCCUUAUUCAUGUAGUGUUAGAAACUCUGUCAAUCAGAAUAAUCCGUAUUCCACAUCAACACAAAUAUCGGUGCUUUAUCAUCCGAGAAUAACAUUUAAACCAUAUAAAGAUUUAUCAUUAGAGUUAGGAAGUGCAGGAUCAUUAACAUGUAAUGUUAGUGCAAACCCACCAGUCAAUUCUAUAUCAUGGACCAAAGAUGGACAACCUCUUCAAACCACAAAUUCACGUAUUGAUUUUUCACCAGCCAGUAAAACUGACAGUGGAUCAUACUCAUGUUCAUCUUCCAAUUCAAUAAAUGGCGUCACUAAACCAGCUUCAGACACAGCAAUAGUUAAUGUUUUAUAUCCUCCAGUCAUUACAAUACCAGAAGUUUACGAAGUAAAUGAAUCGGCGACAUUAGAUAUCACAUGUAACGUUGAUGCUUAUCCAACCCCCUUUUAUACAAGAUGGCAGAAGACUGACAACAGUAUCCAAUCAAACAAUAACCGGUUAACUAUUGACAAUAUCAAACGUUCACACAAGGGCAACUACUCAUGUAUCUCCAAGAAUGCCAUGAGACCAUCAGGAGAUUCUGAACGUAUUGAAGAAAGGACUAAAUAUACAUAUCUCUAUGUUAGAUAUUCCCCUGGAAGUUCUAACAUUGCUCCAGUUUCUCCUGUUUUUGUAGGAAAUUCUCUCACUCUUACCUGCUCUGUUAGUGACCAAGGCUAUCCAGCACCAACAUAUGAAUGGAGAAAAGUUGAAACCAACCAGUUAUUAGCAACAGAAACAUCACGACUUAUAAUUAAUGGAGUUACGUUACAAGAUAAUGGCAACUAUUCCUGUACCCCUAAAAACAUGAUGGGGAGGGGAGGUUCAAGUACAGUCCCUGUGGUUGUCAAUGAAAAACCUACAUAUGUAGGUGUUCAUAAAGACAAAGAUACUAUCUACAACAACAGAACAGGUUAUUGGUUACAGUGUAAAGUUAGAGGACGUCCAGAACCUUUAAUUCAGUGGUAUAAAAAUGGCAAACCUUUGGAUACGUCAGGGAAAUUAUACAGAUUAACCACCACUGUUCUACCUGUCGACACGUUUAGCUUCCUUGUCACUAGUCAAGUUUAUUUACAAGGAAGUGAUCGUGUUGGCACAACCACCCCACAGAUCUCAGAUGUAGCUAGUUAUACUUGUAAAGAAACCACAUCCAACAUUAAUCAUACAACUCAACUAUUUAUAUACUUUCCUCCAACCAUAACACCCGAUGAGAAGGAAGCAUCCAUUGCUGGGGGUACAGCUCAGUUGAAAUGUUUUGGAGAAGGCUAUCCUGUACCAAACUUUGUCUGGAAGAGAAACAAUGCUGUGAUUAGCUCUGGAGGGAGACUGACAAUUCACCAAACCAAAGUUAUCAGUGUAACGAGAUCUGAAAGCAUUCUACAGAUAGAUAGAAUCGUUGGUCAAGAUUUCGGACCUUAUACAUGUGAGAUGUCAAAUCAGUUUGGGAAAACAACUAAAACCAUCACUUUAACAGUCAAAAGUAAACCAGAAGCACCCACAGGCUUGUCAAGUCCAAAAAGGUCAUGGGACAAAGUGACAUUACGGUGGACUCCUGGUUUUAAUGGAGGAUCAUACCAAGCAUUUGUUGUAAAGUACAAAAGUAACCCUCCCAAUGCAGGGGAACAAUCAAUUAGAGUUAUGCCUGACAAUGCUACAGAAUUUACUGUUUCCAAUCUUUUACCCAGUACAGCCUAUGUUUUUCAAGUUUGUGGGUAUAAUGAGCUAGGAGAAGGAGACUUGUCAGAUUCUAUCACAAUUACAACUAAUGGAUAUACAUUCCCAUUUAUUAAGGAGACACCAGAGUUUUCUGGCGACAACAAAGAAUUAGUCUUAAAUCUUGAUGUGAACAGUACAUUCUGUGUGAAGGUCAAGGUCAGCACCAAUGGUGGUCAGUCAUGGCAGACCUUUACCAAUAAUGACCUAGAAUGUUUUGAUGCCAAUGUUGCUAAGAUGAUCGUAACAACCAAUGGAGUAGACAGAAUGAAUGUUUCCCUCUGUCUUGUAGAGCGUAUGGAUGUCUGUGGACAACCUGUUUCUGUUCGAAUUAGUUCAAGCAGUACGCCAGAUCUGACUGAAACAGAAGUUAUUAUAAUUGGGUGUGUGUGUGCCGCUAUAUUGGUAGCCCUUCUAACGGUUCUAGUGUGUAUUAUUUGUCGAAGAAGAAAUUUAGCCAAACAGUUACCUCCACAAACGCGACACUCGGUGCGAUUUGCAACCAACGACAAAUACCAGACUGUUGCUUUUGAGUAUCUAAGAUCGCCAACUAUAGCAGCAAAUGGACACACGAAUAUUCCUCCCCAGAAACCACCUCGAGGUUAUGAUAACACAGGUAUACAAGGAUUAGAUUUAGUUCAAACUCAUGGAGCGCAUGCUGGUGUUUCGUAUAUUAAUCCAUCUUAUUCUCAUGACGAUUAUUCUGAAAUGAACAGAAAUGGUUACCCACCUUUCCCACGACAUAAUGGGAAUGUCCCAAUUGAUCAUGAUUCAUCUUAUGAUCCAGAAUACGAAAAUGAAAUGAAUAGGCUCAAUGCCAAUCAGGUUCCAAGGUUUGGAAUUGAUUUUGAGGAUCAAGAUAAGUCCAAUUAUUUUAAUGAAAAGCAAGGAGACAUUUCAUUUACUGGUUCUCCAAGAUCACCAAUUAAAGACAAACAAUAUAUAGACAUGUCUUCAGAACAUAGAAAAGGAGAUUUAAUCAAUGGACAAGAAAGUGGCUACAAUACUCCCGAUAACCCAAAACCACCAAAAAAGGUUAUUUAUGAAGUUGUUGUAUAAAUUGUCUCCCUUGACUGAUGUUGUUUGUUUUAUGCAACACUUCAACGUGUCUUCUUCAGAUGUUUUCAUCCAUGACCUUUUAACCUUUGUGCUUUAUAUUUUCGGUUAUUUCUAGGCAUGGAUUUGUGUGCUAAUAUCCGUAACUUUUUAUGGAUAGAAAAACCAUUUCUAUAAUGUUGUGAUUGCCGAAUUAACUGUUGUCUGCACAAUUGACUGGUAAAUUUCCAUACCUUGUUGUGGAAAAGAUGGAUAGAAAAAUGGAUGAGAAAUGGUCCAAGUAAGAAAAUGCACAGUGCAUGAAUGUGUUGUUACUCUUCCUGAAGAAGUACAAUGGAUGAUCGAAAUAAGCUUUUAAAAAGUGCAAUUAAAAUACAAUAAUAAGGAGAAAUGGUGAUCUCCGGAAGGAAAAAUACAUUUAUACGCAAUAACUUCCUACAUUAUGGAGAAAACAAA